GUUUACUGUGGUCUGUACCACUUACGCGUCGUGAAAAUGGCGGAAAACGACAUUGAUUUAUAUGCGGACGAUAUAGAUCAAGAUUUUGCGCAAGACGAAUUUGCCGGGGAAAAUGUGGAUUUAUACGACGACGUUAUCGCCACUGGUUCGGGACCUAGCGCCGACAAUGUUGAUACCAACCAUGCAGGAGGUAUUGGAGAUAAAGCUAACGGCAAUGCUGGUCAAGGGGCUGGGGGUGUUGUAGUGGUCCAUAACACAUCAGGUAGAAGGCAUCAGCUUUACGUUGGAAAUUUAACUUGGUGGACUACCGAUCAAGAUGUAGCAAAUGCAUGUAAGAGCAUUGGAAUAAAAGAUUUCCAUGAGGUGAAAUUUUUUGAACAUCGUGCAAAUGGCCAAUCAAAAGGCUUCUGCGUAAUAUCGCUUGGAUCUGAGGGUAGUAUGAGGCGUUGCCUUGAACAUUUACCGAAGAAAGAGAUAAAUGGUCAAAAUCCAGUUGUGACGCCAACCACUAAGCAAGCAUUGAGUAAUUUUGAAAGUCAAUCCAAAACACGCCCUUCACCCAGUAAUAACACUAACUCCAGACCACCUCAUCCAAGCCAUCCAGGCAAUAAUCCUGGAGGAAUGCAAAGUUAUGGGGGUAGAAUGCCCAUGAAUAAUGCUGGUAUGAGGGGACCAAUGCCUCCGGGCAUGCAAGGUGGUCCUAGAAUGCAAGGACCUCCAGGUUUCAAUGGGCCACCUAGUAUGCAACAGCAACCACCCAGAUUCCAAGGUCAGCCCCAAUGGAAUGGCCCCAGACCCAAUGGACCUGGUCCAAAUAUGGGACCCAUGCGCCCUGGUGUGCCCCCGCCAGGACCACAAGGCCCGCCAAGGCCACCUAUGUUCCAGGGACCUCCACAAGGACAACCCCCAAGAAUGCAAACUCAAGGACCACCCCCAAUGAGACCUGAAUGGAGUAGGCCACCCAUGCAGCAAGGGUUUCCCCAAGGACCACCGCCAAUGCAAGGUCAGAUGGGGGGACCCAGAGGGCCUCCCCCUCCAAUGGGUGGUCCUCCUGGUAUUCCACCGCAAGGACCACCUCAGGGUCCAGCGCCUCAUGUUAAUCCUGCCUUCUUUCCACAAGCAGGAGGCCCGCCGCCUAUGCAGCAUAUGCAAGGACCACCUGGACAGGUUAUGCCACAAGGACCGCCUCAUGGACCCCCUCACGGUCCACCAAUGGGUGCUCCGAAUGCUCCUCCACAUGGUCCUCCUCAUGCCUAUGGCCCUCCGACAAGUAUGACUCAGCCUCCAUACGGGGGACCGCCUCCAGAUCAUCGACCAGACAUUCCCCCAAUUAGCGAACAAGAAUUUGAAGACAUAAUGUCCAGGAAUAGGACAGUUUCAUCAUCAGCUAUAGCCAGAGCCGUUUCAGAUGCGGCUGCUGGCGAAUACGCUAGCGCUAUCGAGACGUUAGUUACCGCUAUAUCUCUGAUCAAGCAGAGCAAAGUGGCAAACGACGACCGGUGCAAGAUAUUGAUCAGUUCUUUGCAAGAUACUUUAAGAGGGGUUGAAGACAAAAGCUACAGUUCUUCAAGAAGGGAGAGAUCUAGAUCCAGAGACAGAACUCACCGAAGAAGCCGAAGGGAAAGGUCAACUUCGAGGUACAGGGACAGGAGCCGGGAUAGGGAACGCGAGAGGGACAGAGAUAGGGAGCGCGAUCGCGACAGGUAUUACAGUGAUAGCUACAGGGAUCGGGACAGAGAAAGGGACAGAUCGAGGAGUAGGGAUAGGGUAGAACGGGACCGCGAACGGGAUUACAGAGAUAGGGACGCGGAGGAGGCGCACGUAUCGUCGAGACCUCGAAAUAAAUCGCCCGUGGAACCGGCCGAUGGUGGCGGCGAUCCACCUUCGAAAUCGUCACGUUAUUACGAAGAAAGGUACCGCGAAAGGGAGCGGGAUUCUGGACGACGAGAGAGCGACAGAGAUAGGGAGAGAGACAGGAGGGACGAUUCCCAUCGUUCCCGCCACUAAGAAUAUCGAAAAAAAAAAUAUAUAUAUAUACAUGUAAUGAUUUGCUGUAGCAUUUAGGAGUUUCCUCGUAAUUAGGUUUAUAACAGUGUAAGCUUCUCUGUACUUGUAGCUUGUACCGAUUUAUUUUAUGCAUUAAUUUUUCCAUUGUAAUUUCGAAGAAGGAAACUAUGCUUAUUGACGGGACGGAAACGAUGGGAUAGGACAGUAUGAAAGGAAGAAAAGGAAGAAAGAAGAAUGUUUUCCUAUAGAUUAAAAAAGAAAAACUUUCCAUUGGGUGCUUUUUUUUAUUGUGGUCCUUUUUGUUUACUCAUUUUUUAUACCCCUUUUCUAAACUUAUUUUUAAGGCUUAAUGGUCUGUGGUUUAGUGGUGAAAGUAAACUGGUCUUGCAAAGUUGACUGGUGACCGACGCGUCAAAAAAUCCAAUUUUUGUUUGAAAAAUGAGAUACAAGUUCUAAGUUUUUAAAAUAAAAUGAGAUAUUGAGGUUUUUUAAAAUUUUGUUUUGAUGGGACACAUACUAUUGCAUAUGGAUGACUCAUGACUCCCACGUUUGGUGUGGGCUCCGCCCCUUAUGUUGUUAAAAGGACAUUUAAUUUAGAAUUUUCCAUUAACACUUAACAGGGUUUGUUGAGUUUCAACUAAACGUUUAGUUACGGAUAACAGACCGUAAACGCCACAGUUAUUUUUAAAAUAUUUCAAAAAUCGGUGAUAUAAUAAUCCAUUGUGUAGAAUCAAAUAUGCAAAAGUAUAUCAGCGGUCCCCAUUUGUGUUUGAUAGCGGAAAAACUGAAAAAAAGCAUUUUAUGUAAUUAUGAUUAUUAAUUGACAAUUUAAUUCAUCAAACAAAACUCGCAUUAAAAAAUGUUUUUGGUUGUGUUAUUUAAAAACGCAGUUAAUGAAAUAGCAUUUUAUCCCGUCAUAGUUAUUCAAAAAUUUGGGGUUAAUGUCUGGAUUUAUUUUAAGGGCUGUUUUUUGAACGGAAAUUUUCUAGGAAAGCUGGUCCUUAAAAAAAUAUUGCGUUUUAAAGGCUGUUAAUUGUAGGCAGAUUGUAUGUUUAAUAUUUUGGGAUAAUUAUGUACUACUACAUGUAUUUUAUAUCUAAGCCCCGAGUUUUGAUAAAAUUUAUGAUAUACCGGAUCUCUGUUAUGUAUGGAAACAGGUCUAUUUUAAUCACUUAAGAGUAUUUAAAAAAAAGUAAUGGUAAUUUUAUUUAAUUUAUUUUUAAGUAUAUUUUAACUUGUUUAAAAAAUAUGGAAAUAAUUUGUACAAACCACCAUAUACAUAUAAAUUUAAUCUAGGAUUUUGUAAUUCACUACCUUUCUCAGAAGGCCCAAUAGAUUUUAAAAAAAUUCUAAAACGUUUUUAAAAUUUUCGACUGUUAUAGUGAGUUGCCAUACAUUUCACUGACCCAGUAUAUCUCACUAUAUGAAAGGCCAAUUGGUUACAAAUAUUUAAAUUUCGACGGUAUCAGAUUUUAUCAAUUGCUGGGUAAUUAUUGUGUUACACUGCAUAAGAUGGUUGGUAUGAACAACGCGCAGCUUCCAAGAAAAUUUUUUCAACAUUUUUUUGCCGCUAGACAUGUUUUUAGUCCCACUUACAUCAAUUAUUUAUUUAUAUUCAGGGCAAAUGUUUUUUUUUUUUGGUCUUGUUUUUCUUAAAAUCAAAUUACAUUUACGAGAAAUUUGAAGAAUUGAAAAAUAGCUGUGUAUGAAACUUUGAACCCGGAAAAUAUUUUUAAUCAAGAAGGUCACAUUUUCUGUGAUUACAUGUUUAAAAUAUUUUCGAGUAAUUUAGAAACAUGUACCUGUUAAAUCUGAGACUCUAGUCAACAUUUUACAAAUUAUG